AGAUGUUGAUGUAAUAAUAUCUCUUUAAAUGCUCAUUAAAAUGAAAUUUGUAUUUAAAGUAUAUUCAAAGUCUUUAUAAGCAAUGUUCUCGUUUUAAAGUGCUGGGAAAGCCGUGAGUAAUGGCAUCAUUUAGAGAAAAACGGAUUAAAGGUGCUUCUCAAACAAACAUGCGGCAGGAGAUUUCAGUUAAAAAAGGAUUUCACGUCCCACCUUUGACUGCCACAAUGAAAGAGAGCAAAAAGAAAAGGAAAGACACAACAAAAGAGAAAAAGAAAUCGAGGAAUUGUAUCAACCAAACUAAGGAUUCAGAGAAACUCCAGACAGAGCAGUGGACCAACGGAGAGAUAAGUGAUGCUCAGGGCAAAGGUCAUGCCAAAGCCAAAGAACAAAAGAGCAGCAAAUCCAAAAACCCCACUGUUGUAUCAGAAGUGCCUUUGGUUCCAACUGAGGAGGACAAAUCUGAUUUGACCCACCUUGGACAGGACAGCUUGAGGUGGGAAGGAGCUCUGGAAGACCCCAUUGCAGAGGCCCAGCGGUUGGAGGUCUACAGAGCCAAUCGCCGUAAACGUUACAUGGCAUCAAGAACAUUCACACCGGUUUGUGCACAGACUCAAACACCUCAAAAUGAAAUACACAACACAACCCUGGAGUUUUAACAUGAAGAACUUUGUCUUAUUAUCAGUCUACUAUCAUGUGCAG